AUGUUGCCGGUAUUGAAUAAAAUUAAUCAGUUUACUGAUAACAUUUACAUGAACUCGAUAGAUACCCUUCAAAAUAUCGAUAGUACUUAUAAAAAUCAUCUAAAAUUAAACUAUAAAAAGAUAAAAUAUAUCAAAUUUAAAGAAUGCUGCGAUAAUAGCAUUUCAAAUUCAAUCAAUGAGCUAUCAACUUAUGAUUUUAAUAAAUUUAAUUCUUUAAAGACUUUGUUAUUAAGCCAUGGCAGUUUACCUUCAAAUAUCGGUAUAAAUAAUUUAAACUUGUAUAAUUUAAAAACUUUGAAUUUAAAUUUUAAUAAUAUCUCCUCAAUAAAUCAAUUCAAUAACUUGCCGAAUUUAAGAAGAUUAAAACUAUCAAAUAAUCAAAUUUUUAAAAUCGAUGGUUUAAAUAAUUUAUCAAACUUGAGACACUUGGACUUAUCUCAUCAAAUUAUUAAACAUGAAUUCUUAUUACCUGAACUGUAUUUAAUCAAUAAAAUUGAAAAUGUUAAUCAUUUGUCUAACUUAAGAGGCUUGAAUUUAUCUCAAAAUGCAAUUCAAUCAAUUGAAAAUGUAUAUAAUUUACCAUAUUUAAAAUUCUUAGAUUUAUCAAAUAAUCUAAUUCAAUCGGAUCUUAAUUUCAGUUUAAAUCUAAAUAAUUUGUCAUCAAAUUUAAACGUUCUAUUACUCAAUGGAAAUUUAAUUCAAUCAAUAUCAAAUGUAUACUGGCAAAAUUUUAAAAAUUUGAAAAAAUUAGAUUUAUCUCACAAUAAAAUUGUUGAAAUACCUGAAAGUUUUAAUUGUUUAACUAAUUUAAAUGAAUUGUUUCUAGAAAAUUGUGGUUUCAAAAAUGGUUAUGAAAAUAGUUUAAAUAAUUUAAGCAAUUUAAAUAAUCUAAAAUUGUUAGUCUUAUCAAAUAAUAAAAUUGAAGUAAUUGGCGAUUUAUUUGAUUCAAGCAAUAACAAUUUACAGCUUUUAGAUCUAUCUUUUAAUUGCAUUCAAAGCAUUGAUUCACCUUUUAAAAAGUUGAGAAAUUUGAAAAAUUUAGAUUUAAGUUAUAACAAAAUUAAACAAAUAACUGGGUUUGAUAAUAAUAAUAAUCUAAUAAAUUUAAAUCUACAAAAUAAUUUUAUAAACCAUCUUGAUAAUUUAAAAAAUUUGACUAAAUUAACUAGAUUAAAUUUAAUGAAAAAUCAUUUAACUUGUUUAAAUCCGUUAAAUUGUCUAAUAAAUUUACAAGAAUUAAAUUUACAGAAAAAUAAAAUAAGUGAUAUCAAUGGUAUGAGACUAAAUAAUCUUACCAAAAUUGAUCUUAGCCGUAAUUUGAUACGAAGCGUUAGUUUAUUUGACACACAAGAAUCCUUUUACUUUAAUUUUAACAAUUUUAAUAACUAUAAUAAACCAAAAUUUUCAAAUUUAAAAUCUAUAAGAUUAAAUGAAAAUAAAAUUGAAAAAAUUUCUAUUAAAAUUGAUAAUAAUAAAUUUACAAAUUUAGAAUUUAUUGAUUUAUCACAUAACCGAAUUAAAAAAGAGAAUAAUUUACAAGUCAAUAUAGCUGUGAAUAAUGAUAUUAAAUCACAUUUAAAAAUAAAACUUGAUGGUAAUCAAUUAUCAAAAUACAAAAUAAUACCCAAAAACAACGUAAAUAAUGAGGUUGCACCAUUGCCCUUAUUUAAUGGCUUAGUUUUGGGAUUGUCUUGA